UAUGAGACUACGAGGCGACGAGCGUCCGGACCGCCAGAGCUCCGGCAAAGUGGCUGUGCCCCUUAGUAAUGCCAUCAGAAAGCGUAUCCAUCUUUUCGGAGGUGGUCUUCAUCUUUCCGGCGCUCUUACCCAUUUCGCCGGAGCUCGAAAACUACACAACGAAGGGGGCUGCGUACGAAGCUCGUGUUGUCUGUCAACGCCAUUUCGUCAAUACCUCAUUUCUGCCAUUUUUGUCCAGGCGGGUCCGGGAUAGUGGGGCCCGAAAAUUACAAUGAAAUUCUGGGUGUUACGAUGGAGUUGCCUUGAUACCAACUGUGUCUUACAUAUCUGUGUCAAAGAGAUAGAAAGACAAGGUAGAAUAUAAACGAACCCUAGAAAGACACCCUCGCCCCAGUACGCAGCACAUAAGUUACAGUAUUUCGAAACGGAUGUUGAGUUGCGCAAGUCUUGGCAACUUUCCGACUUUCAAACGCGAUGAUUCGCUAAUGACAUCAGCUCUAUUUUUAGUCAGGAAAAACAUACGCGAUCGGGUGUAUGACCCACCAGGCGAACCGAUACCAGCCAUAAAACAGAGCCAGAUCGGUAUACAACAUUGUCCAUCGUUCUUUCCCGCCACCACCACAUCUGCUUGCUAUCAAACAACGCUCUCUAUAACCUGCACAAACAUCACUACUUCAAUGACAUCCAUCGCUACCAUUCGUUUUUGUGACGUCCUUCAAAAGCCGCCAGCAGAUCGCCCACGGAAGGCUGGAACGGUGUACCCUAUGGUAGCGCAGCUCAAAGGCGGGACCGACAGAAAUUCAUUUGAUUUACUCUGGGCGUGGGAGGCUUUGUCGGCGGUGACUAUCGAAUUGGAGAUCCCAGAAACUGAAGAUAGCAGGGCGGCUGUUGUUAAGAAGACGUUGAUGUCCUGCCACCAGUCUUUGGUUGGACAGCUAGGCGAGAGAGCGUCAAGGCUUCUGGGAUCAUCGAAAUUCACUCAUGGUGGUAACAGCUUCCUUGCUCCUUGUCCUCAUCUAUGCACAGUCUCGUCCAGCGCCUCUGCGUCGAUUGCUAUGGGUUCUGCGUUCUCCUCGUAUUCAUCGUCCAUGUCGACCACUGGCUCGGAGGAUUAACCGAUUGAUAGAGUUAGGAUUACACCCGAUCGGAACUGAGAGGGCCAUAGAAUUCGUCAUGACCUUCGUGUUUAUUGUACAAGUUCUCGUAAUAUCCCUGUUUUGAAUGUAAUAGUACGCAUAUAUCCACAUAAUUGUUCCACGCGCAAAGCUAGGACUCCUGAAGUGGUUUAGUCGAGAGAAUAAGGUUUAUGAUGUCGCACUAUGCCGUGAACUUGAUCAUCAGAGGCCCAGUGGUUGAACAGUAACAGUGUUUAGUUUGUCGAGAUAACAAAGUGCGUACUUGAGCGAAUUCAUGCGGUUACACAUGUCGGACAUCGGUCUUGUUUAAUCCAGUGGUUGACCACAAUUGCUGCGAGAGUGCUGAGAGGAUAAUGAGUACCUUGAAACGACUCUGUGACCGUCGUUGACGGGAUGCUUCGCAAGUGACACCGAAAAAUCCGGUUUAGGAGUGACGGAGCACGGCAACGGCCCAGG